AUGGCUGCGGAAAAGCAAGGAUCAUUGGCACCAGUGAUCUGUGUCAGUCAUGGUGGUGGCCCUAUGCCAAUUCUUGGUGAUCCUGAGCACCGCAAUAUAGUUAAUUCCUGGAAGACUCGAGUUCCAAAAAUCCUGCGUCUUGGCACCCCUGCAGCACCGAAGGCCAUCGUCCUUGUUACGGCGCACUGGGUUACGAAACACCCGACAAUCUCUGCUGGCUCAAAGCACGAGCUAUAUUACGACUACUACAACUUUCCCAAAGAGGCUUACUCGCUCAAAUACAACGCUUCGGGGUCACCGUCCGUAGCCAAGGAAGUUUACAGCCACCUUCAGAAAGCCGGCUUUUCUCCGCAGCUCGACGAGUCGAGAGGAUGGGAUCACGGUGUAUUCAUUCCCAUGAAAUCAAUCAUCCCAGACGAGUCAAUACCGAUUGUUCAGAUGUCUGUUCUCCAGAGCGAGGACCCGGCUGAACAUUUCAAAAUGGGACAAGCGCUUGCAGCUCUGCGCAAAGAAAAUAUUGCUAUUUUCGGUUCUGGGUUCCCAACUUUCCACAAUCUUCGACUUUUAUUUGGUGGAGCAGCUGAAGCUCUAGGGUUUUCAUCUAUCGUUAGUGAGUGGUCCAGCGUGCUUAAUGAAGCUAUCUUGACCAAAGACCCCGACGAGCGGUUGGCCAAGCUAAAACACUGGAGAGAGUUCCCCCAUGCAUAUAACAUGCACCCCCGAGGUGGAGCUGAACAUUUUUUGCCAUUGAUAGUAACGGCAGGCGCUGCGGGCUCUGCUGAGGGUGGUCUCUAUGGUGACGACUACAAAGGAAUGGAGAUGUUCUCUUAUUACUGGGACGAACUCAUGACUCUUCAGUUCGUGGACUAUUCAACUAGUGCAUGCUAG